GGAGCUUCGCGGCCGUGUAUAGCGUGCGCGAGAGUUUUUCCCUAUUUGUUUAUGUGUUCAGCUCUCAUGACUCCUAAAUGGGAGCAGGCAUCUGUACCUCGAUGGGAGAUUACGGCAUACUGGAUUUUCUCCUUCUCUUCACAUUUGUAUUCCUUCUACCAGCUGCACAGAUUCUCCAAAGAGCAUGAAGCCACUCUGGACAGAGAGGUGCAGCUGGAGAGAGGAUUCCUUUUAUGGGGCUUCAAGAAGGACCCUACUGAUUUCGAGUGGAGUUUUUGGAAUGAGUGGGCGUGGCAAUCUCUUCUCUGGUCUCUGAUUGGCCAUGCUGUGGUGUCCAGACUGGCAGCUCAUUAUCUGCCACGGUACAGACUGGCAGUCCUUACGGUGUAUGGAAUGCUCUCAGCUGGUUGGCUCCUUGGAGUGCGGGGUGUGGCUCUUUUGAUGCUGCAUCUGAGCAUCUCAUUUGCUGUUGCUCAGCUACGUAGCCCCACCCUCUCAUGGUGUUGCGCCCUUCUGCUGAUCUCCACACUCAAAAUCAGUACCCUCCAGGACUUACAGGUUCAGGUCCAGCAGAAUCUGUGCUGUUUCCAGGGCUCUCAGGGCACCUCUGCAGAGAGAAUUGAGAUGAGACUGAAACAAGCCUGCAUUAAACAUCACCUGACUGGCCACGCACACUCCCACAGUCUCAUAUGUCGUGGCUGGUACACUUCUGAGGAGCAGUACUACCUCUUGCUUUUCAGUAUUGCUGUUUGUAGUUUACGGUGCAUUAGCUUUAGUCUGGAGCUAUGUUGGCGCCCUCUGCAAGCUGGAGAACCAAACCAACACUGCCCCCUUUUACAGCACAAAGGGCUGCAGACACUAAUUUCUCAGAUCUACAAACUCCUUGCCUACUGCUUCUAUCAUCCUCUGUUCUACAAUGGACCCAUCAUGACCUACAGAGACUUCAGCGAGCAGAUAGAGAGGCCGAUGUGUAAAGUGUCUCUGGUGGAUGUACUGACAGGGGUCUUGCGUGUGUGUGUCUGGUGGUGUUUAGCUGAAUUCAUGAUCCACUUCAUGUACAUGCACGCCAUCCAGAGCAACGAAACCUUUCUGGAGAUACUACCAUCAUGGGCACUUGGUGGCUUGGCUCUUGCUUUAGUACAGUUUUUCUAUGUGAAGUAUCUGGUCUUGUUUGGAGCUGUGUCUCUGCUGGUCAAGCUGGACGGGUUAGACCCGCCCACAUUACCACGCUGUGUCAGCAUCAUGUACAGUUUCACUGGGAUGUGGAGACACUUUGACGUGGGGCUUUACAAAUGGCUCAUCAGGUACAUAUAUGUGCCGUUGGGUGGCUCACGUCAUGGUGUGUUCCGGAAGCUUGUCUCCAUUGCGCUGGCAUUUGCGUUUGUGUGUUUUUGGCAUGGUUGCCAUGACUACCUACAGUGCUGGGCGCUGCUGAACUGGGUCGGGGUGUCGGUGGAGAACGCUCUUGCACUCCUCUUCUCCUCUCCUCCUCUCCAUCACGCUAUUGUGUGUUGUUUGUCACCUCGAAUGCAGAGACGUGGCCUAGCUCUAAUCUCUGCCCUCUCAACUGCUAUGCUGAUUCUGUCUAAUCUAGUGUUUCUGGGUGGAAUCCAUGUGGGUAGAAUCUUCUGGAAGAGGGUGUUUGUCCAAGGCUGGUCUUCUGUGGCCAUUCCAAUGAUUGCUUUUCUCUACUGCUUCGCUCAAGUUGGUAUUGAGUGGGACAUGAGAUGACAUCACUUCUAAAAUGUUGAAUAAUGAGACUGUUAAGCUUCUCACAGAAACACAAUGGUAGUUAAAGUUUUCCCACAGUUUUUGCCGGACAUAAUGUGGAGAAACUGCAAGAUCCUCCAAGCAAGAAAUUACUUGAAACUACAUUUUGCAACUGAAAAAGCAGCAGGUGCAUUCCAGUGAACUACUGAAAUAGCUUGUGUUUGUACUUGGAUUUUCAAAUCUGAAGAAAUUAUUCAGAUCUGUGAAGAUUUUUGUAUUCCGAAUACUGUAAAAGGAAAUUUAGAAGAAAAAGCAUCUUUUCCAUCUCCAGCUUUUCUGUAGUCUUUUACCUGCCCAACCCGUUUAGACCGAAUGCCAUUCUUGUGCUGCAAAAAGAUUGACAUAGAGCAGUGCACAUAACAGGAUGCAAGUAUCUCGAAACAAGCUUUUAAUGUUUUUUUUUUACUGAUCUACCAUCUAGAAAAUGUGGCGCUGCUGCUUGGGAUGCCGGAAAAGCAGCUGGACAUGAUGCAAUGGUCAAAGGUGCCCAUAUAGUGCAUGGUUAUUUAAAAGAACAAUGGAAAAGCUAGAUGCAGCACAUAUAAAAGAAUGCAGGUGUCUUGAGACUUGUUUUAAAAGUCGAUGUUCUUUUUUACCUGAUACGAUGACUAAAAAACUGCACAAAGGUCAAAGGUUUCCAUUUACCGUACAUUUACAUAGGAAAAACAAAAGACUGCAGACACAAAAACGCUUAAUACAGUCCUUAAUGUGUGUGCACAUGAACUACUGACUACAGGUGCACUCUUAAUUACUAGUUCAGAAAUAUUGUGUUUGUUUAGAUUGCUGCUGGUGUGUAUUUGGAAUCGUGUGUGUGUUUGAUGAUUAAUCUUGUCGCUUCUUUAUUUAUGAGUUUGGUUGAACACUGAUGAUCAGCUGCCAGGAGAAAGCCAACAACCUGACCAUCUCUCCCUCUUAGCUUUUCUCCAUCUGUGUAUUUUCAUCCUCUCAUUAAUUUUGUCUCUGAUAUUUCCUGUCCUGAUCCCUCUGUCUUGUCUCAUUUUUGUAUCCAUCACUCUUUCUCUCUUGUUCUCAUUCUGUAUUUCUGUCUCAUUGGAUCAUUUUACUAACAGCUCAAGCCGUUUAAUUCAAUUAGUGAUCUGGAAGCAGGUAGCUUCUCUUUUAUUAGAGACCGAAUAUGUGUGCGUGUGUAUUUCAGAGUUAGAAAGGGGGAUUACAUUUUAAAGAGCAUUAUCACUACAGCAUACCUUAUUAGCAUUAGAUUAAUGAUUUAUAAUCCAUUCACAAAAGGCAUUCUCAUUCUCUCUCUGCUCUGUGUUAUAUGAUGUUAUUUUAGUAGACAGUAUGGUAGAUUGGAGGUCAUGUGUACCUGCCACUUUCCAUGAGUCUUAUGGAAAAAUUAAGGAAAAAAUGCUUACUAAAAAUUAGGUCCUUGAUGUGUUUUGUGUGUGUGUCUCAACACAGGUGGCUGUCCUAUUAAUAAAUGUUGAUUUAAUUUUUAUGUAACAUUACAAACUCUUGAAAGUUAAAUUAAUAGCAUAGUGAAAAAUGCAACACAAACUCACCCUUUCCCUUUGCUUAAAGCUAAUUGGCAUUGCCAUUUUGCCUUAAAAAUGGUCUUGCGUUCAUAAUAUGGUUGAAUACGGGUGAAGUGGGGCCACUUUUAUAUUUCAUUGGUGUUGUUUUAAAAUAUGACACAUUGUUUAACCCCUCAAAAAAUAAUGUUUUAUUAAUGAAAAGCUAAAAAUCUCUAUACAAUGGAAAACGGAAGAAAUAUCUCACUGUACCAGCUGUCCCACUUGAACAAAAUUCACCCUCACAUUUAUGUGCUCAAAGAAACAUACAAAAAAACAUCAACUGACACAAUAAUUCAAAGAGUAGGAACAAAACUAUGUAUAUAAAAUAUUUUAUUAUUAUAAAUAAUAUUUUACAGCAA